AGCGUCUUGAAGGCAACACAGCUGCCACCACCCCUUCCCUGCGCAUGCGCACCACCCAUCGCCUAAGAAGCGGACAUGGCGACGUCCCUGAUCUGCGGACGUUUGACGGCUCGCCUGAGGACUUCAGGCCGCAGAAGCGCGAUUAGCUCCGCUUCCAAGGUUCUAGCGGGAUCCUGGGGCCUGACUGGAGGCCAUGUGUGCCAGCUGCAGCAGCAGAGGAGCCUCUCCUUGCACGAGUACAUGAGCAUCGGCCUGCUGAAGGAGGCCGGCAUCGCCGUGCCCGAGGGCAUGGUGGCCGCCUCCCCGGACCAGGCCUACUCCGUGGCCAAGCAGAUCGGUUCCAAGGACCUGGUGGUUAAAGCUCAGGUCCUGGCGGGCGGCAGAGGCAAGGGCACCUUCGAAGGCGGACUUAAGGGAGGAGUCAAGAUCGUCUACUCGCCGGAGGAGGCGCGAGACAUUUCCUCCCAGAUGAUCGGCCGCAAGCUGUACACCAAGCAGACGGGGGAGGCGGGCCGCAUCUGCAACCAGGUGUUCAUCUGUGAGCGCAGGUAUCCUCGCAGGGAGUACUACUUCGCCAUCACCAUGGAGAGGUCAUUCCAGGGCCCCGUGUUGAUCUUUUAA